ACGUUAACGAACCAUGAUUUUGUCCGUAACUGGAAACCGAAAGCCACUCUCUGUUGUUUUCCCGGUGUCUCCUGUGCGCUUAACUUGGUGCACUCAGUUCGCGCACAAAUAUCAAAAGCCAACACCAAUAAAACCACGCUUUUUAGUUCUUCUUAGUUCUCAAGAUUCUGACACACGCUAACUAUAUAGUGGCCCUUCACUACUUUUCACCCAAUUUCGCAGCAAAUUGCUUCUUUCUGCUCCACUGCGAGAUUUCCAUCGUUGUCCCAUUUCUUUUCUAUCCAUUUCAGGGAGGUAUACAUAUAUUCUCGAUUUGGUCGCAGGUCUUUUUCCUUGUUAGAAAACCGUGUGCACAACUCAUAAAAAAAAAAAGGAAAGAAAACGUGUACAGUUAGUUCUGUACCCUCUACUUCAUUUCCAUAUAUAUAAGCAAACCAAUCUUUUUUAUUUUUCUUUAUUGUAUUUUUUUUUUUUGCUUGUUUUUUCGUUCAGGCCAAAACACCCUUUUGCUUGCGGCGAUCCCAUUUGCGUUACUUCAAAGUGCUUAAUCUUUGUGUUGAGAUUCUGCGGUGGUGACUGGGAUUGGUGAUAGGUUUAAGAAUCAAGGUUUAUAAUGGCAGAGAAUAUGAAGGGUUCUGUGAUAUCUCGAAGCAAAAGUGAUGUAGCAGUAAUGAGGGAAACGCUCCGUGCGCAGCAGCAGCUUCUGGAGAAGCUGUAUGCUGAGUUGGAUGAAGAAAGAGAAGCUUCGGCAACCGCAGCGAGUGAAGCGUUGGACAUGAUACUGCGUUUGCAGGGAGAGAAGGCUGUGGUGAAGAUGGAGGCUAGUCACUACAAGAGAAUGACAGAGGAGAAGAUAGGGCAUGCUGAGGCCUCUCUUGAGGCCUUUGAGGAUCUUAUGUAUCAGAAGGAAAUGCAGAUUGCAUGUCUGGAGUUUCAAGUCCAGGCUUAUAGACACAAACUCAUGAGCUUGGGCUAUGAGUAUGAUUGGCAAGAUGAUCUUCUGUUGAAUAGAAGUGAUAAGAGAAAUGGAGAAAAUGGGGGUCAAAGUAGCAGUGUUAGGAGGCUUCAAUCAAUGCCUACAAUGCAGAUUAUGAGUUCCCUGAGAGCUGCUGGAAAGAGGGACAGAUCACCUAGUCCUGUUCUUGAUGUGAUUCCCAAGAUUUUGGAGGAGGGCACUGACAUGGAAGUUGCUCAACCUAGCUCGGGUAAGAAGUCUGUUGACUUUGCUUGUGGUAGUGGAAACCUUGAUUCAUAUUUCAACCAGAUAAAAGAGUUGAAUGAACAAGUGAGGAUGAUUUCAGAUUGUGCUGAAGGAGAUAAUAAUAAGAAUGUGAAUUUGAGUAGUAGAAGAGGGAGGUCUUGUUCAAUUUUAUCUCAGGCUACCACUGAUUUAGAUGAACUGAGGCAAGGUGAAAGUACACACAAUAGAGGAGUUGCUAAUGAUUCUCCUAGCUUGCUUAAUGUCCAUGAUGUGUAUGAAGUCCCAGAAGCUAGUGAAAAGCAUGAAGUGGGGGAAAAGGUGGUUGAGAAAUGGAAUCAUGAUGCAGAUAACAGAUUAACAAAACCUGAUUCGCUGUCUGAGGAAGUGGUAGAACCACAUGUGAAACAUGGUGCAGAAAAGAAGAAGGGUGUGCACAAAUUACAUCGUGAAAUAAAAACUCCUUGUGCUAAGGAUAUGACGAGUGUCAUUGGUCAGAAAAAAGAGGGAACGGCUGUGGAUCGCAAUUCUCUAGGUGAGUUUCAAAGGCUGAAACAGAGAAUUGAGAGGCUUGAGAGGGAGAGAGUUAGUGCAAGACAAGAGAUUACCGAAGAAGGGAAUGAUGAAGAGCAGUUGAGGCUGUUAAAGGACAUACAAAGUCAACUCCAAUUAAUACAAUCAGAGGUGAAAGGCUUGAAAACCAGAAAACCCACUCCUAAGGAUGAUGUCAUUGAUAUGUCUUUGGCUUCUCUCCAAGAGGCAAUGUUGCACUUUUGGCUUUGAUGAAGUACCUGCAGAAUGACCAUCUUAGACGACCAAUCAACUCACUGUUUUGCAUGAUGUACAUAAGGUUCUUAUACACACAGGAUUGUUUGUGGUACAGGAAGGUAGAAUUUCUAAUUCGAAUUUUGUUACCAACAAAUGUGUACACUUCAAUAACAUGUGGUAUACUAGUCACAACUAUGACGACCAUUUGAAAUUUUUGUAGGCUUGAAUAUAGUUGCCCUUUCUUUUUUCUUUUUGA